UUCUUGAUUUCUAAUGCUGAGUUGCCAUAGGAUUCUGUGAUCAUCUGGCAAACUUGGGAAUCCCUCCCAUGUUUUGGCAGACUUGUAGAAAAGGUGGCCUUAUUAGUCUAGUAGAGAGAACGUUAAGGAUGCUGUGAAGUUUAUGUUAGUCUGAUAAGUGACAAAACUUUGGUGGCAUUCAAUAUCGGUGCUUUUUCAGAAAACUCCGUGUCCACGCAAGUACUAACUUAAAAAAAAGAACUAGAAUCCUCCUACAUUCUUAAAAGGCCUACUAUGACAGCACCCACUUCUCACUUUUCUCCCUUCUUACUCUCGCUUAUUGUUUACUUACGGAAGUUUGCACCUGAGGUGUGGGUUUCAGUGUAGAGGCAACGUCUAUGCUAUGAAACAGUGGGAGCUAAUUGAUUGAUUCAGGGAUGACACUUGCAGCUCUUGGGUCAGUAAGUAUCAUCCUCUAACCUACGGAGUUAAAUGCAAUAGAAGAACAACUCUGCACAUGCUGUUAAACUCUUUUGCCCUCAUUUCAAAGCCCAGCUCAUUCUCUUAUCUUGUUGAGAAGCAGUGUGGUGUGACUGGGCUAAGGAAGAAAAAGAAAAGAAUGUUGUCACUUGAGACUGCCUUAGAAAUGUUACCCGGUCAGGGUUGGGUGUUUCCUGUCCUUUGGAAGAAAACAGGCCUAAACAGUACCUUCCUCAUCCUGUAGCUAUGAGGAAGGCACCAUGAUCGAGGUUAGAGAUGCUUACUUUGCUGAUUUUUGAGUGUAAAUUAAACUAACUUUAGAUACAUAAUGAAGUGAUACAAAUGAAAAGAUGCUGUAUUUUUAAGGGACCUGUUUCACAUAAACUUUGUUUCUUAACAAAUGUGAAAAACCUGAAGAAUGAAAUUGGAAAGUCAAUGAGAGAAACAGCUGUAAAAUCAGAGACCUAUAUUGAAAUUUUGUGCCUGCUUUCUGGGUUUUGUGUACAUUAUUUACUUUCUUUAAGCCUCAAUUUCGUAUGUAAAAUGGGGAAAUUAAUAUUUAUCUCAUAGAAUUAUUCCAUAGGUCGAAUAAAGGCUUUAAAGCCUUUAGCACAGUGUCUGGUCCAGAGUAGCUGCUUAAUCAGUGGCGGUUGUAUUUAUAGUAAUAACUUAAUAUUCUUGAACACUUUACCAGGCCAAAAAAAGGAAAGAAAGAGGAGGACAUGGGGAAUACAAAGGAGGGUAAUAAUAAAAUUAAAUGAUUAUAUGUAUAUAAUACAGAUCACAUUAGGCAGGGGUGUCAUGAGGAUUAGUGUGAUAGUGACCUUGUUGCUAAGUGCAAAAGCAAAACAAUGACAUAAAAACAAGUAGGCUAGGCACUGAGUGGAGGAGAGAGAUGGAGGCAGACACUGCAGGAAAAAAAGCUGAUUAAAAAGGGGCCUUUGAUUCCACAGGCACAAAAAUCCACAGCCAGGAAUUUGCUGCCACCUCUGAGUCAGGCAGGGGGUGGGGGUGGGGUGCACAAUCCCAUUAGUACAGAAUGCCCAGUGGAUUUAGUCUGAGAGUCACAUUUCUUAUUUGGACCAGUGUAGACAGAAGCAAACCCAGCUCACUUGUUUCCUGGGACAUUUGAGUUAGGGGAUGGCUUUCGCAGAGCACUCAUCGCUGACCCCUCACCGCCGGGACCUCUGUAGCCGCUCUAUCUGGCUAGCAAGGAAGAUUCGUUCAGAUCUGACUGCUCUUAUGGAAUCUUAUAUGAAGCAUCAGGGCCUGAACGAGAACAUAAACCUGGACUCUGUGGAUGGUGUGCCAGUGGCAAGCACUGAUCGAUGGAGUGAGCUGACUGAGGCAGAACGACUCCAAGACAACCUCCAAGCUUAUCGUGCCUUCCAUGUUAUGUUGGCCAGGCUUUUAGAAGACCAACAGGUACAUUUUACUCCAGCUGAAGGGGACUUCCAUCAAGCAAUACAUACCCUUCUACUCCAAGUUGCUGCCUUUGCUUACCAACUGGAGGAAUUAAUGAUGCUCCUGGAACACAAGAUCCCCCCCAAUGAGGCUGAUGGGAUGCCUACCGUUGUUGGAGAUGGUGGUCUCUUUGAGAAGAAGCUGUGGGGCCUGAAGGUGUUGCGAGAGCUUUCACAGUGGACAGUUAGAUCCAUUCGUGACCUUCGAGUCAUUUCUUCUCAUCAGACUGGGAUUCCAGCACACGGGAGCCAUUAUAUUACUAAUGACAAGAAAAUAUAGCAGUUUUCCCUCUUCUCUCCCCCUUCCUUUUCUAGUGGAAUAUACACAGUUCCCUGAGGCCUCACUUUCCCAUUCUUAAGUUUUGAAAGUUUUCUAACCUUUUAAGACCACAGGCAUUUUCAUCAAGUAUGGUUGGAGACAUGGACAAAUGGGCAUAAGGUUUAUUGUGGAGAGAGAGAGAGAGAGAGAGAGAGAGAGAGAGAGAGUGUGUGUGUGUGUGUGUGUGUGUGUGUGUGUGUGUGUUUUGGACCAUAAGGGAGUGGGGACAAGGGCAACAUCCUUCCACUUUAGUGCUCUAACCUUUUCUACCCACUAAGUUAACCUUACAAGUAUUUAACAGUCUUACAGGAUAAAUGUAUGUUUAACUUUAGUCCUAGAUGACUUUGUCAGAGAAGACUGAAACAGUGAAUGAAAAAUCAUGGACUCUACUAGCCAAUUCAAACUCACAGAUAAUAAAAAUAGUAACUAACGUU